AUGACCACUGUUAGGAGCCCCGAUGGCAGCUCUCGCGACCCCUAUGAACUUGACCGCCUCGCCGAGGAGCUAGCUGUGCGCGAGGCUCACCACCAACCAGCCCCGCUCACUGGCGACGACGAGCUGUCGGCAGAGGGCCGCCUUCUGCCGCUAUACGUACCUCUCUCGCACGCCGACCCACAUCUAUCUGCGCCGACAUUCGAUGUCGAGCAGUUUCUCCUCGCGCGCGCGUACACAUCGCUCCCGGACCUGCGCACCGAACUCCGGGACUACCUCGCGGCACUCAAGGAGGAGCUCGUGAAACUCAUCAAUGACGAUUACGAGGCGUUCAUUAGCCUCAGUACCGACUUGCGGGGGGAAGGUGCACGCCUGGAGAACUUGAAACGGCCGUUGGGGGACCUGAAGGCGCGCGUUCUGGAGUCCCGAGAGACGCUACAGGAGAUUCAAGACGAGACGAAACAGAAACUCGAUCGCCGCGCCGCCAUCCGCGAGGAGAAGGCGUUCUUGCACUCGCUCCUCAAGAUAUCAGAGUCCAUAACACGCCUCGAAUCUCUGCUCCUCAUAUCGUCUCCCGACGAUGAGGACAAGGAAACGUCGAAUAUGGGCGGUAUGCCGCUUUCUUCCCGCGCCGACACAGAGGGAGAUGACAGGUCUCGAGGGAACCGUUCAAAGCACAUAGCUCGUGUCGCCGCAGAGUAUACACAACUGCUAUACCACGUGUCACGCGCGAACACAGAGCCUUGCGCCUUCAUUGACGAGUCGCAAUGGCGUAUCGACCGUAUCAAGUCGACGCUAUCGUCUGACCUAGACCAUUUAUUUGCGGCCACACUCGGGGCGCUGAUUGGCGGGAAAGACCACUGCGGACGGCCAAGCAAGGUCAGCGAGAUUGAGAAGUCCAAGCUGUACGCGGACGUGACCGAAUGCCUACGCACGUACGAUGUCCUCGGGCUGUGGCGCGACGCAGAGGACGUUAUUCGACGCGAGGUUUUGCGUGACUUCGUCAAAAAGACAUUAUAUCCAGGCGCCCUAUCUGCACCUCGCUCACCCAUCGUCCCACAUACCCCCUUCCCCGCUUCUGCGCGCUCGUCUUCUCCCGCCCCUCCACAAACGGCGUCACUUCCACCACGCACCCCGUAUACUCCGUUCACCGCUUUCGCUUCAAAACAGAACCCGUUCGAGUUUACCCUGCGCGCCCGUGCGGAGUCGACAACGUCCCUCUCAUCCGCCGCUAUCCUGGACGAGACCGACGACCCGCUUGCAGCGCUAUAUAACGCGAUCCUGCGCUUCGUCGAUCGCGACGUGCGGCGCAUCAUGGAAAUUGCCGAGGCUGUAUGCGCAAAGUCUGGCUCGCGCACGCGUCACGGCGCAGGCAGCGAAGAGCAGCAGCCCGGGUUCGAGAUCAUGGCAAACGUCGUAUGGGCGGAGGCCGGCCGCGCGCUCAUGGACGAGCUAGGGAGCGUCAUUUUUGCGGCAGGCAGGCCGGAUGAGUUCCGCAAGCACCACGAGACCACACAAGCGUUCAUCCGUGCGCUUGAGUUCCUCGCGCCGUCCGUGGAGGCCGUCGAGGCGAUGCGGACGCAUAUUGUCUUCACAUCAUUUGAGCGGCGCUGGCAGUUACCCGUGUACUUCCAGCUGCGGUGGAAGGAGAUUGUGGCCAAGCUUGAAGAUACCCUCGCGACGACAAAGUUGGAGCGCAAUGCCAACAAAGCGUUGGCGCCCUUCGUGACCACACAGGCGGCUGCGGUCUUCGACGCAGUACGGGCGUGCUGGAGCGCGGAAGUGUUCAUCCCGGAGCUGAGCGCGCGAUUUUGGCGGUUCACGCUACAGAUCAUCAGCAGGUACCGGACAUGGCUCGACAAGAGCCUGCCUCCUCUGGAGCCACCCGCAAAGGUCGCUGCUGCCGUUGCUGCCGAGCGCAUAGGCGGUCCUGCAGGGUCCUCUGCGACAGCCCGCGCGUCUACGCCUGUGCCGACAGAGGCAGCUUCUGCCGAGAGCAUAGCUGCCGACGAGGCAUUAUUGCAGCAGUUUGCCACGGCCGUUACGGAUAUCAGGGCGGUGGAAGCGCAGGUCACGAAGCUUUGGCGAGAGGAGUUGAGCGCGAUGCUCGCCGAUGCGCCCGAGGAUGAACAGAGUGUAGCACCAGAAGAUGCCCUCAAGCACGCACUCGCGAAACUCACCUCACUCGUACCUGCGCUACUAAACCAGAUCGUACUCAUCCUGUCGCGGCGCGCGUGCGACGCGCUGCUGUCGAUGCGCUCGAUUCCCUCUCAGUUUCGCGCCAUGUCUGCGAGCAAACGGGCACCCACCGAGCCAAGCUACUUCGUCUCGCUCGUCUUCAAGCACACAAAGGCGUUCUUCGGGAUCCAGGCUGUCGACGGGCCUGGGGCACCGCUCAAGGACGCUCUGCUUGCCCCCGUUGCACGCGAGGUGUUCGAACUCGUCACACAGCGGUAUAUAUACUUCCUUGCGGCGAUGCGCAAGACGGAGGAGUCUCUGCGACGGUUGAAGAAGGGCAAGAAGUCGACGUACUCGCUAUUUGGGACGAGCGGACGCGACGACGACGGGCGGGCGGACGAGGAGAAGAUCCGGAUGCAGAUGGUACUCGACGUCGAGGCGUUCGGGAGGGAGGCGGAGGCACUCGGGGUCGCGGUGCAGGAGAACGCUGCGUACCGGAGCUUGGUGGAGAUGGCGCGAUCUAGUCUGACGGAUGAUGCCUGAUUGUACUCUUCAGUGGAAUCUUGGCUUCUUUGUCAAUGCACAAGUACGUGCAACAUGGGUGAAUUUCGGCCGACAAAUCUAGAGCAAAGCGCCCUUGUGAACUUCUGACACUUCUA